AUGAAAUCGGUCUCGACCGAAACCGAAGGCGGAAAGUUGAAAGAUUGGGGAGGCGUGGGGGACGAUGCAAGGUACGCGUACAUCGAACUGGUGGACUUGAUACCGAGUCAACCGAAGAAGCUGAUCAAGCUGGACGGCGACGGUGAUAAAAGCUGGAAGUUACCGAUGCGAAAGAGCCUCUUCGCCCACGUGCCACCUUACGUGAUAUUCCACUUGUACAGCGUGAAGAUGCCGUAUGGACUGCCGGCUGAAAUAACGAAUCACAUGCAGUGGCGGUGCGCGCUUCGUUUCAUGCCACAAAUGGUCCGCAGAACGGUGACAAACUCGGGUUUCAACGUGAUAAGAAAGAGCGAAAAAUGGAUGGGAAGCUGGGGCGCGCCUCUGCCGGUAAUGCAGAUCAAGGCGUUGAAGACAUUUCAGAAGGUGAAUCACUUCCCGGGAACUAUUGAAAUCUGCCGGAAGGAUAGACUGUGGAAAAACCUGAGCAGGAUGAUGCAGCGGUUCGGUAAAUCGGAGUUCAACUUCACCCCGACUACGUACGUUUUUCCCGACGACAAGAGACGAUUUCAAAAGUUCUUCGAACGUAACGGAGGGAUCUGGAUCACCAAACCGCCGUCCGGGUGCGCUGGGAACGGGAUUCGCGUCGUCUCGAGGUGGUCCGACAUCCCGAAGCGCUGCCCCUUGGUCGUUCAGCGGUACGUAAGGCCGCCGCGACUCAUCUAUGGCGUGAAAUUCGACAUGCGACUUUACGCCCUUAUCACCAGCGUCGACCCCCUUCUGGUCUACCUCUACUCCGAAGGGUUGGUUCGGUUCGCGACGGCCAAGUACGUCGACGACGUCCACCAUCUUUACGACAGGUUCAUGCACCUCACAAAUACCUCGGUCAACAAGUCCAGCCCCACCUUCAGACCCAACGACAGCAUCGACAAGUGUAAGGGCAACAUGUGGUCCCUCAACAGUCUCUGGGCUCACUUGGCCAGCAGACAACGCGUCGACGUACCCAGACUCUGGGAGAAGAUCAAGGACAUCGUUGUCAAGACCAUCGUAUCCGCGGAGUCGGUGAUCGUUCGGAGCUCCAACGCCGCCCUUCCAUCACCCUACAACGCCUUCCAGCUUCUCGGCUUCGAUGUCAUGCUAGAUGAAAACCUCAGGCCCUGGCUUCUCGAGGUUAACAAUUACCCAUCGAUGGAUCCCGACACCCCCUUGUGUUCCAUAGUGAAGGGCGAGCUGGCCAGAGACGUUCUGAACAUCGUUGGAUUCCAGAUACCGGACACCAUUCCGGACGCAGAGGUCAAGUUACUGACCGAGAGGUACGGUCAGUCCCCGAUUUGCCAUGACCAUCGUCUUUACGCGACGACUCUCACUCAGGACGAGAAGGACAAACAUGAGAAAUUCGCUGUGGUUGAAGUCAGACAGGAUUACCUCGAGUCGAUUCUCGCCACCCUGACGCCAGACGACGUUAGGCGGCUGAUCAGAUACGAGGAUGAGGCGACCCAGGUUGGUGGCUUCGAGAAGAUAUUUCCAACGAGAAGCUCGCACAGGUAUCAUAAGUUCUUCGACAAGCUGAGGUAUUACAACAAGCUCCUUGACGCUUGGGAAGAAACUUACUGGCCCAACAAAGCGGAGGGAUUGUCGAGGCUACAGAAAUUGUGCAGGGAAAAACGUCAUCUGGGUGACUUGAAGAAUCAGGCAGAAUUGCAGAGUGUACUGUGA